GGUCCCCUGUUUUACAUACUGUUUUGUACACAUUGUUUCUUGCAGGAGUCUCAGAUUUCACAGCUAAGACCACUGCAUGAGUUCUGAAAAUAUUUUCAUGAUGUGUAGUCAAUAACAGAAAAUAUUUAAUUCCGGGAUCAUUCUAGGAUUCAUGAAUAAAACGUUGUAUUGAAUUAGGGCAUUGUUGACUUCUUUUUGAUGAACAAGAGAAAUAGAUCAAGAUAGGAAAGUAGGGACUUAGAUAGUUUAUCGAGGUUUACUACAUUUUUGCAAGUGUCUCUCAUUGAAUUUCUUCGUGCUAAAAUGUGCUGCUGAUGUCUAUGCAUAAGAAAUGCGAUCCGACAUUGAUUGAAGCCUGCGGUUCAAGACAGUGAGAGCGGUGGUUUUGGAAAUGGAGGUAGACAAGCCGUGUGGAGAAUUCUCAAAAGAAGAACUGCGUAGACAGCUUUACACUUCUUUGCAAUCCGCUGGCGUUCUGGACUCUAUGAAGGUUCUUGAACAAAUGUUGAUAACUGGUGCGUAGGGCCAGCUGAGAGCUCGCCUGCUUGAACACUUGAGGCACAGCAAUGGAGUCUCUAUUGAGCCAAAGAAGAAGCAGUCGAAACCUUCCUUAACAGAUAGACUGCUAAGCAGCUUGUUUCUUGAUUAUCUGGAAUCGAAUAGGUUCACCUUCACCAUCUCUAUGUUCAUGCCUGAAAGUCAAAUGGCCUCAUGGCCGCCAUUCUCUUACGAAGAGAUGCUGGAGCAAUUACACUUGGAUCCCUCCUCCGACCUACACGUUCGUCUGAAACUUCAGGGCGGAGAGGAGAGAGAGUGUCUAGCGCGCCAAGUAGUGACGUUGUUACAGCAAUUGGCCCAGCGUAGUUGCAUUCAGGAUGUUUCGACGCAAACUUCCCCAGCCGAAGUUUCCAAUCAAGCUACACGAACCUUCACGAGUCCUAAAGAACUUGAGAGGUCGAUAAAGGAAGUUGAAGACACAUACACUAGAAAGAGGGAAGCGCUUGAAGAUCAGAGAAUGUUACCAUAUCGUUCUCUUGAGGCCAAGAUAAAUGUUCUACAUCAAGAGUUUGAUGCCCGAGUGAAUGCAGAGGUGGUAUUGCAGGUAAGUCGUAUUCGAGAUUAUGAGAUAAAUGCUGCAAGAAUGGAUGAGGCUACACGUUACCGCAGGCAAUUGGCUAGAGAUCGAGAGGAGUUGGAAGAUAUUCACAAGUCCCGUAUGGACCGCGUAAAGGCUCGUGAAGAAUCUCUGCUUGGGCGUGUGCUGUCCAAAGAAAAGGCUAUUGAAGCAUCAGCGUAUGAGCAACGUCAAAAAAUACUGACCGAAAUUACCAGUCUCCGGGAACGCGAGAACAAGCUUAGACAGUUUAAGGAGUCGCAGGAGAGACGCAAGGAAAAGUUGGACGAGCGGGAGCUGUUGCUAAAGGCUAAAGAAGAGGAGGUGGCGUGUGAGCGCAAAAGUCUUUACGACCAAGCUGACAAAUUAGCAACUUCGAGGAGCAAAGAGCUGGAAGAGCAGUUUAGGGAACUCUGUGAUCGUCUCCACCAUGAUCGAAAUGUUCUUGAAGCUGAACGAGAGCAGAUGAAAGAGGAAAAAGUUGCCAUGGCUAUUGAGCUUGCGGCGACAAAGAGUGAAAAGGAACUUAUACAAGCGCUUCACCGUCGCUUGAGUAUAGACGAGGAUCAGAGGUUGAAUAAAAGCAAGAUCAUUAGAGAGUUGGAGGAGAAAGUGAAGCAUUUAGAGGAGAUAACAACGCAGAAGAUUUCUGUGGUCAACAUUCCAGAUCAGCGUUUCAGCUUGGAGGAGCAAUUGCAGGAAAUGCAGGUUAAGCUUGAGCAAGAACGACUACAACGAGAACAGAGCGAGAAAGCAAACAAGACACUUGAGCACAAAUUACAGCAAAAGGAAAUGAAGCUACAGCUCUUAGGGGCUGAAAAAGAGAAGUUGACAACUAGGCACAAGAAACUUCUCCUGAAGAUUAAUCAACUUGAGACACUCAUUAAGAACGCUCAAGAGGAGAAAGACCACGCAAUCCAUGAUUUAGAGGUACUUGGAAAUCACCAAAUGUCCCUCAACAGAGAGGUUCUUGAAACCACCACGCCCUUGAGAAAGGCUCAACAAGCUCUAGAGGCUGAGCGAUUGGAACAUUGUGCACUGCGGUCCCAUGUGAACGCUGGUAUCCCUUCUAUCAGUGUGGCUCCUGAAAGACAAUUUGCCUCUGAAGCCAAAAUUGAGCUUAACAAUUACUCAUUCGACCAAAAUUUAAGUGCCGAUGAUGACUUGAGAAAGAAAUGGGUAUCCUCUCGAAAGAAGCCAGACAGAGAAUCACAUGAUUUGUGGACGCAAUUGCUUUCAGAAAAUGCAGCCAAGAAAGCUGCUCUUGAUAAGGAUCUUGAUGGCAUGCCAGUCAAUCAUGUCCCAAUAUCCACAAUGUCAAAGUCGUUCUCUUCAGGGUAUAAUUACCCGAUUUUGGAGUUUCAUGAUCACGGCUUACUGAAAGAACCAAACUAUGGAGGGCAUAAGGAUGUCACACUGAGUCAGACUGUUGAGACAAGAAAUCAAUCAGACCAUGACACUAGGAAACUAAGCAGAACUAGGACUAGGUUUUCACCAGAGCCAAGCACUCUGAGCACUGAGGAAUCGCGGUGGGAAAUGAACGAUGGAGCCAGAAUCCUUGAUCCAAAUGACAUGAAUGGCUGCAGAUCCAUUACUUUUAAGAAAAUGAACGCUGAGAAAGGAGGUAACACAUCAGCUACCGAAGCGGAAGUGCUCAUGGAAACUGGCAUCCUUGACGAAUUUUUUACGAGAUCUUGGGAUCCAGAAAAGUACGAUGAGAGCAGCUACGAGGAUGCAGUUCCUAGCUGGAGGAAGACAUACCGCUCAGACAAUAAAAGGUAUGCUGGCUGGAACAGCGGCUACGAGGAAUCAAUGGGCAAUCUGCGGAGCGUGGUCACAAACCUCGGGAAUGAUACAAGUGAAGCCGACAUUGGUGUUCUUAGCUCUAGUAAAGCUCUAAAAAACGCAUGGAACCACAGCCAUGACCACAGCCCCAGGUGCUCAGAUAGCAUUCUUCAUUGGGAGAUAGCGAGCCACCAAUGGGAAGAGAAACCGCCAGCAAUUUGUGAUUAUCAAGAGUUGUUGAGCGGUGUGAAUGGCUUCCAAAUCACCUCCGGGAAUCAAUGUGUAGAUAUUCUAGAAAAGAAAACCCCUAACAUUCAGAAUAUAGAAAGUAAGAUAUUUUGUUUAGAAUCAAAACAAGAGACCGAUAACACUACAAGCCAUGAUUUUGUCAAUCGUGAUUGCGUUGGGGACGAAGACACAUUGAUAGUACGGAGUAUCACGGUUGUUACUCAUACACAAAAAGUCAAUGAGCACAUAAAAAGUCAAGAAAGAGGAAGUUCUCGGAGUCUAUAUUUGGGCGAAAAGGAGGAAAACACAAGUGAUAACCUGGAAUCAGAGGAAGACUCGAGUCGAGAUUCAUUUUCGUGUAAGUGUAUGUCGAGUUUGAAACAUGACUUAGAAUCAUUAGAGGAAAUUUCCAUGCGCGAUGAUAGUAUGCCACAAACAGGUUCUCAUAUCAGGUUUGACCAGGAGCAACCUCUUGAUUACGCAUUUGAGGGGCUCCCUAAAAAGUUGACAAUGAUGCCUGAGAUGAGUAGCGAGCUAUCACUGAGCCGGUCAGGUGAGAUUGUGGGCAACAUUAGUGAGAUCAUAAAUUUUGAAGAGGACAAGACGAGUCAAGAAAAUCGAUCAACUGAGGAAAAUCAAGGAGAAACGGAUACAACAGAUAAAGUUCAGCUACUCCUAAAUCAAUCAGUGUCGUGGGAUUCGCUUGGAGGCGAUGAGCUCAUGAAGCUGUCGAAACUACCUCUUCAUGACACGCACACAAUUGAAAACUCAAGGACCUCUAUCGUAACGAGAAAGCAGGAAGUGCUGGUUGACCAAGAAAGUACGAGACUUACGGAUCGGAUGAGUGGUCUCAAAAAUCAUCCAAUUCUUGCGCUGGCCAUAAGGAACAAUCAAAUAGUGAAACUUGGACCGCAAAAUGAGUUUCAGAAUGGAGAAAAGGCCAACUCGAUCAUCGGCCAAAGUGAUGCAGAAGUUAUGAGCAGCAAUUCUGCUACUGAUGAAAAGGAGUGCUGCUAUGUGGUAGGGCCAGAAGUUGACGAAAAGAUUUUCAUACCAGAUGCACCAGACCCUACUCACACUCCAUCUUCACUGAGAAAGCCCCAAACAAGUAGUGAAGAGUCGACCUACAAAGGUGACAGCUUUGAGGAUGAAGAGAGCGAAGUCGACCAAGAACAGGCUUACUCUGAAGAAAGCUGUACAAAUAUGAGUAUGAGGAUGUCGAGUGUACAAGCUCCAGAUGUACUUGCUCUAGAAACGAAUGAGCAAGCCUCCCUCAGAACCAAUACCAAGAUUGAAGGCAAUGAAGGGUCUUCAGAGAACUGGGAGGGCGAGUCAGAACAAAGCUCGUACAGUAUAGAAGAGGACGACGCGAUAACGGAUUCAGUCGAGUGGCUCGACACACACGUGACACAAGAAACAACUCAAUUGAUGAUCCACCAAGUAGCAAACAAAUAAACAGAGUUCCUUUGAAGCACAUUUUCCUACAUCAGACAGAAAGUAACUUGACAAAUACACCAGCAACAAAACCUGUUUCGAUGACUAGCAACAACUGUCCUUCCUGGUCUUUCCAAAGAGUUAAGUUUUUCGCCUCCACGUAAAGAAGAG